AUGGAAGAAGAAUCACAAGAUAAUUCAUCCAAUAAAGGAUCUUCCGCUGACGGUAUCAAGCUUCUAAAGUCUAUGACAUCUCUGCUUACCUCUCUUCAGAAGAAUGUGGUAACUUUGGGAUCGAAUAUGGAAAAGAUCUUGAAGAUCCAGAAAGAGGACAGAAAAGACUUCGUUGAACAUGUCAAAAUCCUUAAUGAGUUGGAUAAGACACUGAAGAAGAAUACAUAUGAGACUCAUGGCAGCAUGAGAAGAACAGCUGCUGAAAGACUGAAGUAUGCCGACUCCAUUGCAAGGAAAUUUCAAGCUGAAGAGAAUGUGAAAGCUGGCGCUGAGAAAGAACUGACUCGUAUCAUUCAAGGUGGAGGUCGAAGCGGUGGUGAUCGCGGAGGCCGAAGAAGUAUUGGUGGUCGUGGUGGGCGACCUGGUAGUGAUCAAGGAGGCCGAAGCAGUGGUGGUAAUCGUGGAGGCCGGAGUGAUGGAGCUGCUCGUGGUGGUCGCGCUCUUUCUCCUUUUCGCAAUUUGCUAAUCGGUCAAGAGAUGAUGGGUGAAGGGAUGAGCUAUGAAGGAACUCGUUUCCCUAUCGAUCCUCGAGUGAAAAUGGAAGAACAAUAA